CAGCAAGCAACCGUCACUGAUGAGCGCUGUGGCGGCCAAAACGGGCGGCGCUGCCGGCGACAAUAAUAACAAAAAAAAUAAUAGAAAUAAUUACAAAAAACUGCCAACAGCCGCACUGGACGACCUAGUGCAAUAUGUGACACUACACGUGCGCAAACCGACGCCCAUAAGUGGCGUCGUACUGCCCUUUGUGCCGCUGUAUUUGACUGCCUUUUAUCUAUGGAUCUACGUGUACAAAGGGCACGAAGAGGAGGAAGGUACAGCCGAAUUGGAUGACGUGCCCAUAGCAAAGCAAGGGAAGGGGAUUGAGGAUGCAGCCUGGAGCGAUAUUGGUUUCAUUGCUGUGGUGGCCAUUGCAUUUCUGCACAUAUUAACACUACUUUUUUGCUAUUGGAGUGUCCACGUGCUGGCUUUUCUCACCUGCCGACGCGUCAAGAAGCCUGCAUCAGGUGUUCUGGCAAAAGUGGUUCCUACAGCGAACAAUGGCAACUCUAAAAUUGUACCCAUACGCAGCUUGCAACUGGAGAACGGAACGCGCCAAUACUAUUUGGUAUUUCAGAAGACCAAAUACGUUUGGGACGAGGAUAAGGCGAUCUUUCGGGCAGUGGAAUUCCCAGUAAAUAAACUGUUGAGCAGCUAUGCCAGUUCUCGAGGAUUGGAAACAGAACAGGCUAUCAAAACGGCAAUGCAAACUUACGGCAACAAUGAAAUGGACAUGGUUGUUCCGGAAUUCCACGAACUCUUUAUCGAGCGUGCCACGGCACCUUUCUUCGUUUUCCAGGUGUUCUCUGUGGGUCUGUGGUGCAUGGAUGAUUUUUGGUACUAUUCACUGUUCACACUCUUCAUGCUGAUCGCCUUCGAGUGCACGAUUGUUAAGCAACAACUGCGAAACAUGUCUGAAAUACGUAAAAUGGGCAAUAAACCAUAUCUGAUAUACGCACUAAGGCAGAAUAAAUGGCGGCAAAUUGGAAGCGAUGAACUGCUCCCAGGCGAUUUGAUAUCCGUAACACGCUCACAGAAUGAUAAUAUUGUCCCCUGCGAUGUGGUUGUGCUUCGUGGCAGUUGCAUUGUCGAUGAGAGCAUGCUGACGGGGGAGUCGGUGCCCCAGAUGAAGGAAUCACUCGAAUCGCUGCAGCAACUAAACACUGAGCUCGAUGCUGAAGGAGAAGGAAAGCUCACGGUCCUAUUUGGCGGCACCAAGGUGGUGCAGCAUACGGCACCUAGCAAGGAAUCGAUGCGUGCUCCCGAUGGCGGCUGCAUUGGCUAUGUUAUACGCACUGGCUUUAACACUUCUCAAGGAAAACUCUUACGUACCAUACUCUUUGGCGCGAAUCGUGCAACGGAGAAUAAUGCAGAAACCUUUGCUUUUAUCGCGUUUCUCAUGGUUUUCGCCGUGGCAGCUGCUUCUUAUGUCUGGGUCAAGGGCAGCGAGGAUCCGGAACGUAAUCGUUAUAAACUAUUUUUGGAGUGCGCUCUAAUAUUGACGUCGAUUAUACCGCCGGACUUGCCAAUUGAGUUAACACUCGCUGUGAACACGUCACUCAUACAAUUAACAAAAUUAUUUGUAUUCUGCACGGAACCAUUUCGAAUUCCGUUUGCUGGGAAAGUUCAGAUUUGUUGCUUUGAUAAGACUGGCACAUUGACUACGGAUAACCUGAUGGUCGAGGGAAUCGCCGGAUUGUCGUCCAAUGGCAAGUGUGUGCCCAUUGAUGAGGCUGAAGAUAAGACGGUGCAGGUGCUCGCCUGCUGCCAUUCGUUGGCAUUGCUUGAUGACGGCUUGGUGGGUGAUCCACUAGAGAAGGCCGCAUUGGCUGCCGUGGAGUGGAAUCUAACCAAAUCGGACAGUGUCAUACCGAAGCGCGGAAAGUUGAAGCCUUUGCGCAUUGUUCAACGUUAUCAUUUCUCUUCGGCUUUGAAGCGCAUGUCCGUCCUGGCUGGCUAUUUGUUACCCUUCUCUAAUGAAAUCAACUACAUUGGAGCAGUCAAAGGUGCUCCAGAGGUUAUUAUGGGCAUGCUGAAGCAAGUUCCCGAAGAUUAUGAAAAGAUCUAUUUGGAGUAUGCUCGUCGGGGUGCACGCGUCAUGGCCUUAGGAAUCAAAGAGUUUGGCAACUUGGGUGGUCAGCGCAUACGUGAGCUAAAACGCGAGGAUGUGGAAUGUGAUCUAACCUUUGCUGGCUUUGUGAUCAUCUCCUGUCCCAUGAAACCGGAUUCAAAGGCUGUAAUCAAAGAGCUUGUUCAGUCCUCUCAUAAGGUGCUCAUGAUAACAGGUGACAGUCCUUUAACUGCUUGCCAUGUCGCCCGUGAGCUGCGUUUCACAAACAAGAAGCUACUUAUCUUGACACCUCCUCAAAAUGAAUUGUCUGGCACUUGGAGCUGGGUAUCCAUCGAUGGGGAUCGCAUCUAUCCAUUGGAUGAUGGGAAGAGCGACAAAAACAUAUCAAUGCUUUUGGCUGCCAACGAUUUGUGCAUCACCGGCGAAGGAUUACUCUAUCUGCAGCAGUCACAUCAUUCGUAUAUGCUCAAAGUUCUGCCCCAGGUGACGGUCUGUGCGCGAUUUGCUCCCAAGCAAAAGGAAUAUAUCAUUACAACACUGAAGCAGUUGGGCUACUAUACUUUGAUGUGUGGCGAUGGCACUAACGAUGUGGGCGCUCUAAAGCAUGCCCAUGUGGGUGUUUCCUUGCUGACCAGCGCUCCAGUAAAACGUAAACGCACCGAAGAUGAACUACGCGAAAUUAAUGCUGCUGCAUCCGCUGCCGCAGCAGCUGCUACUGCUGCCAAUCAACAAUUGUCGCCACGGGAACGUGCUUUGAGAAGACGACAGGAGCAUAUCGAUAGGACGCAGGCGCGCCUACAGAAUGCUCUACGGGACAUGGAGGAACAGACCAUGGUGAAGCUUGGAGAUGCAUCCAUAGCAGCGCCAUUUACUAGUAAACUAUCUUCGAUUAUGUGUGUGAAUCAUAUCAUCAAGCAGGGUCGCUGCACGCUGGUCACUACAUUGCAAAUGUUCAAGAUCUUGGCUUUGAAUGCCCUUAUUCAAGCCUAUUGCCAGUCGGUACUCUAUAUCGAUGGCGUUAAAUUCAGCGAUACGCAAGCCACCAUGCAGGGCAUAUUUAUAGCGGCUUGCUUUCUCUUUAUCACACGCUCGAAGCCAUUGAAAACCCUCUCGAAGGUUGCCCCACUGCCCAACAUAUUCAAUUUAUAUACCAUAUCGACUAUACUUACACAAUUCGCUGUGCACUUUGGCACCCUCUAUUAUCUGACCAGCGAAGCAACGGCACUGGCGCCUCCACGAGUGGGCAAAGUAAAGCUGUACAUUGACAUGGAUAACGAGGAGAAAACUAAAUAUGAUCCAAGUAUAGUUAGCAGCACGGUUUAUAUCAUUUGUGUCUCGCUACAGGUGGCAACAAUUGCUGUGAACUAUAAGGGACAUCCGUUUAUGGAGAGUCUGCGUGCGAAUCGAAUGCUUAUGUGCGCCAUUGGAGCCUCUGCUGCUUUGGUGCUAUUGCUCACCACAGGCGUUGUGCCCGGCUUGACACAAUUCUUUGAAAUCGUCGACUUUCCAGCCAAUUUCCGUCAAACAUUGCUUCUGAUACUCGUUGCGGAUAUCGUUGGCGCCUUUGCAUUGGAUCGCAUCUGCUCAUUCCUGUUUGGGGAAACUCGUCGCAAGUCCAAAGUCCUUAACUGUUAGUAACUACUUCGUCAGCAAAAUAUUUAGUCACUUGCUCUCAGUUAACUAGAGACAAGACAUAGCAGCAACAAAGAAAAAGUAUAUAUAUGAAGUCACUAUUUCCCAGCAUAUUUUAUACUAAAUUUGUAAGUAAUUUAGAAAGCUGCAUAAGUAUAUUAAAAACUUUAAAUGGGUUUUCCUGGCGUCGGUUUCUUA